GCGGCUUUCCGUUAUUACCGGAAGUGUUUGUGUUGCUGCUGGUUGCGCAGUGUGUUCAAACAAGCAGCUUCACAGUUAACACUUUUAUCAUCUAACGUGGACUAAAUUGAGAUUUAAACAUGUCAGGGGGAACCCGCUUGGAGAACGCGAACCCGGUGAUCUUCCAGCGGUCCGGGGAGAGGCUGCUGACGGCGACCGACGAGGAUGAAGACGUCCAUGAUCCGAUCGACGACAGAGAAAUAUUCGAUCUGAUCAGAUCCAUCAACGACCCGGAGCAUCCUCUGUCUCUGGAAGAGCUCAACGUCGUGGAGCAAAUCAGAGUCAAGGUUAACGAUGCAGAGAGCACUGUGGGCGUUGAGUUCACUCCCACAAUCCCCCACUGCAGCAUGGCGACGCUCAUCGGCCUGUCAAUCAAAGUCAAGCUGCUGCGCUCCCUGCCUGACAGGUUCAAGAUCGAUGUCCACAUCACUCCUGGGACUCACGCCUCAGAGGAAGCAGUGAACAAACAGCUGGCAGACAAAGAAAGAGUCGCAGCUGCUCUGGAGAACUUGUCGCUGCUGGAGGUGGUGAACCAGUGUCUGUCCACCAGGAACAUCUGAGCAGCCAAUCAUCUUCGUCAUCCUCUAUUUUCACUCACUUAUUAUUGCAACAGAUUAUUUCUGCUCAGCCAAAUAUGUCUUGCCCUUCUUUUGACUACUGAGAUUUAUUUGCAGCGAUACUUGACACAGCCUCAACUGAUAAUGGCGACAAAACAAAGUCAGUUCUAGUGUUUUUCUGGACAAAAGUCCAGAGAAUCUGUUACACAUAACAGAACUUUGGGUUCAUCAGUGUUAAAAACAUGAGAUCAUUCAGAGUAAUUCCUGUUUUUUAUAUUACAAAAUCUGUAUGAUAAAAUAUACAAUGCAUUAUUUUUAGAAUGACAUUUGGAAUCUGAUGAAAAUCCUCAUCUGUAUAUAACAUUAAUGCUUUUAAUUUUAUUUAAAAAAUGUACAGAUGAUUAAUUAAAUUUACAUGAAGAUA